ACGACAAUGGCCUCUCCUCCUCUCUUUUACAAGUAAACUUUUAUCUGCUGCAACUGUAUCCCUCCACUCUCUCUUCUCUCUCGUUGCCUACAGCGUUCAAGCUUUGUUAUGUCUGCUGAAAGGCCAAGCAGGAAUGAUGAAAAAACAUCAGAGUCUCCUAAGGGGAGAAAGGGUCGUCCUAUUCCUCCACCUCCUCUUAAUCCCCCGCCCACUCGUCCGGCCCGUGACUCCACCCCCUUGAGAAUAGAACAGAGAAUGACUGACGAUGAUGAAGAGGAUCAACUCGAAAUGGAGGACAUCAUGUUAGUGGAACAAGACCCCGGAGACGCUCAAGAAGAAGAGGAAGAAGAGGGAGGAGAAGGUGAAGGAUAUUCUUAUGCUAGAGAAAGACUAAGAGCUUCAACUAGAGUCAGGGAGGCUUCCCCAAGCCCAGAGAGAGACGAAGAAGAAGGGCCUCACCCUGACUCUGAUUAUGCUAAUAUAUUCCCUGACGUUUCUAAUAAAGCCAGCGACGGCGAUUACAUGAACGUCUACGAGGAGAAGGAAAGACGUAAACGACCGCUUUCCAAUUACCUCAAUGUGGCUCCACUACCAGAGUCACUAGAGGCUACAAAAACGACCGGUCAAUCAACCAGUAAUACCGAGACUGAGAAGGUUCCUCACCCACGCUACGGUAAACUCCCUCGGGCUCCUGCCCGCCCACCGCCUGGUUUUAAGAAAAUGCCCCCGGCCCCUGUACAGAUUAAAAAGCGAGAGAGCAUGGAAGAGGGUAGCAUUCAGCCACACCCUAUUCCUCCGCCCACUUUCAAGAAACCGGUCAAACGGGUUAGCUCUGAUGCUUCGAUUCCUCCAAAGCCUCAGAGAGCAUCACUGGCUGAUAUGAAGCCGGUUAGAACUCCUACUAGCGAAUUUGCCGAUUUAUCAAAACCAGUCAAACCAGUUAGGAUCCAACCCACCGACACGCCUGUUGAUCACAAACCAGUCACAGUGGUCAGGUCUUCGUCUAGUGACCUGUUACCUGCCGAUUUGAAACCAGUUAAACCAGUUAGACUAUCUGUUGCUGAAUCCGAGUCUAAACCAGUUGCUCCUGUCAAGCCACCUCGGGCAAGGAAUACUGAUGGGAUAAAAUCACCAUCUUCCCCACCUGUGGCCUCUAAACAGGAAGCCACGCCCACACCUAAGGAAGCUACACCUCCAAUGAUUGAAACCACACCUCCACAGGAACAGGUAAAGAGUGAAGCCAUGCCCACCCACGCGGUUCGUCUUGACUCAGGAUUACGUCAGAAAUCAGCUAGUGUCACUGACGUUAAUUCCGUACAAGCAAAGAUCAAAGAGCCACGCCCUCAAUCUGGUGACCAAUCCCCCAUCAUUAUGCCGUCCAAGAGGGCCCCGCCCCCUCCCCACACUAGACAGAAAUCAGCCGACAGUUCUACUCCUCCUUCAUCAAAAAAAGAAAUAGUUUCUCCGAACACGGGACGUAAAGUCGCACCUGCAAGAACGGCCCCUCCCCCUCCAAAACCGGGACCUCUCCCACCUCGUCCUAAAGAUACAACUCAAGCGACCAAUGGGAAUAGCCCGUUACUUGAAACAAAGAAAUAUUCUGAUAGCUCAUCUAGCUCUUCUCUUCAUAAAAGGAGUCCAUCGCAAGGUAAAACUGAAGAAACGACGACUCCUUCUGGUCAGCCUCCGCCUCCUAUUCCACCUAAAGCUGUUGUACCAGCAGCAGCUGAAGGAGAGGAAAAGAAAGAGAAACAGCAAGAAAUAAAAGAAGAAAAGAAAGUGACACUUCCACCAGUUGAAAUUAAAGGAAACGAAUCGACUCCUAACAAGAGGGAAUCUUUAGCAUCCGCCCCUAUUCCUGUUAAUAAAGAGUCAAUGAAUGGCAGUGAAGAGAGGAAGAUGAAGAAGGCAAUCAGUGAGGGAGCAUUGGCUAGAAUGGACUUGUUCAGUGUUGAGCUACAAAGAAUUGAGGGCCAGGGGUUUGGGUUACACAUAGCUGAAGGAUAUGCCCAGACUAGGAAGGGACUGGAAGUUGGUGUCUUUGUUAAAGAGAUUGUACCCGAUUCUGCUGCUGAUAAAAAUGGGCUUGUACGUGAAUCAGACAUGUUGGUUGAAAUUGCAGGCGUAUCAAUGGUUGGCUCUACACUUGAAGAUGCUGCUAGAGUAUUGAGGAAUGCAGGGAAGACUGUUAGGUUAAAGGUUGGAAGAACACUUAGCAAUACUUCAAAGGAAAGCAACGAGAGUUUAAAAGAAGAAAUAUCGUCCAUCAAGAAAGAGUUAAAAGAGAGCCAAGAGACAGUAACUGAUUUGACACAAGCUUUGGCAACCGUCACAGUUGACAAGACAAAAUUGGAGAUUAAAGUGAAGAGUUUGACUGAGAAACUGAAUUCCUCUGGUGACUCAAAAGACAACGAAGCUAGUGAACUGAAAGCCAAGUUAAAGGAGGCUACAGAGAAACAUGAAAAGGACUCUAAGGAGAUACAGUCGUUGAACAAGAAGGUGACCUCUUUAGAGUCUGACCUUAACGAAGAGAAGAAAGAGAGUGAGAGACUGAGAGAGGAACUAGCAGCCGUGAAGUCAGAACUGGACAAGGAAAAGCUUGAGAAGAAUAAAACAAGCGAUGCUGAAGAGGAAGUCACCAAGUUAAAGGAACAGUUGACCAAAGAGAAGAAGGACAAGGAGCUAUCCACCAAAAGCUUAUCAGAGAAGAUCAUAGAAUUAGAAAAGAAGUUAGAAUCAGCCACACAACAAGAGUCUCAGGAUUCUCCCUCUAGCAACGAGGAACUGGUUUCAACACAAAAUGAACUAGACAGCACUAAAGAAGAGCUUCAAUCCACCAAGAGCAUGCUCUCAUCAGCCGAGGAGAGACUCGGAGAGGUGGAGGGGAAGUUAGCAUCAACUGUCAAAUCCCUUGAGGAAACCAAGGAGAAGCUUCGGGUCAGUGAGGAGGCGUUGAAUGUCGCUAACGAGAAAUUAUUAAUGUCCGAUAAAAAUGAUACACGUGAAGACAGAAAGAGAAAGAGUAUAGUGGAAGAGAAAGAGGAAGAAAAUGAGAAAGAGAAAGAAAAGGAGAAAGAGAAAGAAAGGGAGAAAGACAAAGUUGUAGAGGAAAAGGUUGAAGAUGCUGUCCAGGAUAAACCACAAGAAGAGAAAGAGAAAGAGCCUCAGAAAGAGGAGGAGGAGAAGAAAGAGAAGUCUCCUCUACCAGGAGACACUGAACGGAAAACAAGCAGCAGCUCAACUGCCAGUAAUAAAAGUAGAGAGACCACACCCGAUGAAGAUCCUAAGCCGUUUGGGACAUUGAAAUUAGCCAGUUCUGGUCAAUUGGAUUGUUCUGCAAGUCGUGAUAGAGCACGUCUCUCCUCACAGCGAAGACGAAAGAAACCAUCUCAAGGCCACUUACGUAGCUUAGGAAACCUUUCAAUGAUAUUCCCAGAGAACAUGCCACGCCUUGCCAUCCAGGAAGAGGAGGAGGGAGGAGGAGGAGAAGCAAGACACAGCAUUGCCACACCCAUGAAACUCCCGCAGGCUCCGCCUCCUAAAGUUAAACCACGCACUCAGCCAAGAAGGCGGGUAUCUAGUCCAGAGCCUGGCGAGAUUAAAUCCGAGGAGACAGAAAGUCCUAAACCUGCCAAACGACCUAUACCGGUUCCUCGUUCGGCCUCUAAAGAGAAGGCAGGCGAUGGAGGAGGAGAGCAAAGUGAAGAUAAAGGAAAGAGCUCUACUCCGCCCCAGACUGCUAGUCCUAGUAGAGCAAAGAAGCCAGUCCGUACGUCACUCCAUGAUGAUAGCACUCCUCCGGUUUCUUCCAGCCCUGUCCCUCCUACAAAGAAGCCCAAACCUGUUCCCCCUAAGCCUUCCCCUCGUACCAAUACCCCCACACAGGACCCGGCCCCUCAGGCGGACCUCCUGGAAGGCCUCAAAAGAAAGGACCCGGCCGAACUAACAGUCAAAGAGAAAAUGAUGCUAGCACAGCAAGCAAUGGCCAAACAGGCGGAGUACAAGUCGAAAGGAAUGGCACCUCCUGUUAGGAAGAAAAUCGUACCGCUGCCGAAAUCAUCAUCUAUAGAUGUGUCUGAUUCACCAACAAGGCAUAAAAGGGAGAGCAAGGCUGAGGAUGAAGAUAAGAAAGGAGAGGAUGAGACUGAUGGAGGCACUUUGGAGCGAUCUAAGAGCAUGGAGGAACUGGAUGAAGUGACGCCUAAAAAACAGCCCCGUAAACUACCCCCUGGUGCUUUCAAUAUAGGAAUACCUAUGGGUCUACCAGGGGAGAUGAGACAUCGCAGUUAUACAGUGGCCAGUGGCACUAGCACUGAUAGUAAUGAGUAUACACAGAGUACUGAAGAGCAACCAGCUCAAGCUGAGAAUGAAGAGCCUAGUGAUGAUCCCGAGAUAUCUCGUUCCGAUACUCAAGUAAGUGACAAGUCACAGUCUUCGUCUCAGACCACGCCUGGAACCACACCCAAGAAGUCACCUAUGACCACACCCAUUCAUUCCGGAAAUGCGGAAUCGUCCCCAGAGAUCUCCAAAAAGCUUCCUUCUAGUUCCUCAGCUGAUAAUCUUGAUUAUUCAGAGGACGAGCUCGACGGCCCAUCCCCAGAGAUUGACCAGGAGGAGAUGCUGAGGGGAGCAUCCCACGUCAUGUCGUCCGCUACCCCUGACGUAGAGAAUGUUCUGUUCUGGUCGCCUGAAGUCGUUGGAAUGUGGCUGGGAAACAUUGGGCUUGGAAGUCAUGCAGGAGCUUUCAAGGAGAAAGGAGUAAAGGGUUACGUACUCUUUGACUUGGAUAAUACUAAACUAAAAAGUUAUGGUAUGACCAGCAAUGAUGAGAGGAACACGUUCAAAAAGGAACUGAAAACAUUGAAACCGUAUGCCGAAAAACUAAAAAAGGAACACGAGAGAAAGCAGAAGGAAGACAAGAAGAGACAGAAAGAGGAAGCCAAAAAGAAAAAGAAGUGA